AUGGCGAUCCGCUUUAUCGAGGAGCUGAUUCAUCUUACCCAAGGCAUUCCAGAAAUCCACAACUGGAGCCUAGCAACCUUCUACUCAGUAUUGGUCGCAAUUAUGUCCCUACUUGCAUUCCUGAAGCCGAACAUCUUUGGCAAGAAAGCCAACUCGGACGGCCGCACCACCGCACUUCCUGUCAUAGCGACCGCGACUGGAACUAGUGUUAGCGCCGUUACAAAGCUGUUUGACAGCCUGCGUGGCAAUGAACAUGGGGUGUCUCCCAUAGCCGACAUGUGCAUGGAGGCGGAGCAAGCCCUGACCCAACUCGACAACAACGCUUUGCACAGCACGGGCCAGAUAGCUACUGUCCGCCUUGAGUACCCCGGUGAUAUAUGUAUCAACCCCAAGUGUGCUGGUCACGGGCGCGCCACCCUCAGCAAGGGUGGCCGCGACAAAACACGCGUGCAAGAGCUCAAAUCCUGCAAGGAGUGCAAUGCUACAUACUGCCCGACUUACUACUCCUAUGAAGGCAGCGACUAUUACUUCACGGGGCCUGGCUUCUCUAUUGACGAUCACCCGUUCAUAUGCACCCACUCCAACACGUACCACUUGCUUGAGACCCUGUACUGGUUUCAUAAGUGUAAGUACCACUUCAAAGCGUCCGACAAGAGCAUCACCGACAUGUACAACGAUGUCUACGUUCCCCUUGGCGUGUCCGACCUGUCCCUCCCCGAGAAUGGCCAGAAAGUCGGGAGGCCUGGACGUUAUAUCGAAUACUUGUGUGCUGCCUUGCCCGUGCGGAGAUCUACAUUUAUACACCCAACCGAGACAUCGAAGGGGGUGCUGGGCACAAGGAGCAGAGAUCGGCUCGUUGAGGUCCUGGGUUCUGAGGCCGCACUCGAGAAGUGGAAGGAAGUGGGCUUCUACGUGGAUCGCUUCCACUUUAUGGGACACAGUAAAUCCGACCAGGCUUGCAGGGACAACUGCAACCCCUACAGCAUCCACGCGCCUUUCUUGACGUGCGUGCUUAGCAAGACGCGCAUCAGGGACAUUGCUCAGGACGAGCGACCACAGGUCCUGAGUGCAGCAAGGCUGGCCCAGUCGAUCGAUCCCGAGGGUCACGUUGGCAUCAAGUGCAAAUUCGAGUUCCAAGGGAAGGAAGUGAAGGGCCGGAUGCUUUUCAAGUACGAGGGCGUGCAGGGUGCAGAUGGGCAGCUGUGGUUGUACAAGCUCACAGACCUGUUCAACACCGAGGUUUGCAAGCAGACGUUCACAAUGAUUGAGAUGUUUGGCAAUGUGAUGCGCACUGUGGAGACCAGGAGGGCGGAGUUUUAUUUCCAGGAAAUGCUUACGGAGCACAACAACAUGGUAACGGCUCGCUUAGAGAGGCUGGGAUUAAUGCCGUCAGUUCCACCUGACCCAUGGGUCGAUCACUCGGUUGCUAUCACGGUGAAGAAGUCCGUACCCCUGCCUACGUUCCAGGCGUUGGGCACAGUGAAGCGCUGGUGGCAGCGGCGUUAA